UAUUCCGCUUCACAUUUGAAAGAAAAAUAGAAAAGAAAUCAUAUAUGGAAAUCGGUGAUACCAAGGAAAUUAUUGACAAUUUUAUGAUGGAGAAAGCAGAACAUACCCGAAAAUUGUAUACACGUAUGAGAUUAUGGGAGUUGCCUGAUCAGUAUGUUGCAGAGCCCCUUGAUGUUUCUUCUGGUUCUUGUUUGGCCGUUAAUCGUGAUGGAUCCAUGGCUCUCAUUGAUGAGGUUCCACAUUGUACUACCGUUCGUGUUCCAAGGAUUCAGACAAUUUAUGGUGUUGUCGGGAUUGUAAAGCUUUUGGCAGGAUCAUACUUAGUAGUUAUAACAGAACGUGAAUGCGUUGGAUCAUUCUUAGGCCACCCCAUAUACAAAGUUUUGUCACUGAAAGUCUUUUCCUGUGACCGUUCAGCCAAAAAUUCUUGGGAUGAUAAGAAAAAGAUGGAGUCUGAGUUUUAUAGUUUGUUAAAAGUUGCAGAAAAGACACCCGGAUUAUAUUUUUCAUACAAUGUCAACAUAACACUAAGUACGCAACGGCUGAAUUACUUGGGUGAAGAAUCUUCUCGACUUCCUCUCUGGAGGCAGGCAGAACCGCGAUUUCUAUGGAAUAAUUUCAUGUUGGAACCUCUCGUAGAUAAUAAGCUUGAUCCUUACAUUCUUCCAAUUCUUCAAGGAAGUUUUCAGAACUUUCAAGCCGCAAUUGGGAAAGAUAUUAUAGAUGUCACUCUAAUAGCAAGAAGAUGUACUAGGAGGAACGGGACUCGGAUGUGGAGAAGAGGGGCAGAUGCAGAUGGGUAUGUAGCAAAUUUUGUGGAAAGUGAACAAAUUAUACAGUUAAAAGGACAUACGGCAUCAUUUGUACAGGUCCGCGGGUCAAUCCCUUUAAUCUGGGAUCAGAUUGUUGAUUUAUCAUAUAAGCCCAUGUUUGAGAUCCUGAAAUCUGAAAAUGCACCUCGAGUUGCUGAACGCCACUUUUUGGAUUUAAGAAAAAAGUAUGGAAAUAUUUUAGCCAUUGAUCUUGUCAAUACGCGUGGUGAUGAAGGACGUUUAAGUGAGAAGUUUGCUACCUCAGUGCAGAACAUUCUUAACAAUGAUAUGAGAUACUUUCACUUCGAUUUCCACAAGAUUUGUGGACAUGUUCAUUUCGAGCGGCUAAAUAUCCUGUACGAUCAAAUUGAAGAUUUCUUAAUUAAAAAUAGGUACUAUAUGUUAAAUGAUAAGGGUGAAAAAGUUGAAACUCAAAUUGGAAUCGUGCGGACUAAUUGUGUAGAUUGUUUAGAUCGUACAAAUGUCACACAGAGCAUGAUUGGGAGAAAGAUGUUGGAAUUUCAACUUCAAAGGCUUGGUCUAUUCGAUGCAGAUGAAAGCAUUAGCACACAUCCUAAUUUUGAUGACUGCUUCAAAAUAUUAUGGGCUGAUCACGGGGAUGAUAUAAGCAUCCAGUACUCUGGCACACCUGCUCUGAAAGGAGAUUUUGUCAGAUUUGGUCGGAGAACUAUCAGAGGAAUUCUGAAAGACGGGUGGAAUGCGCUACUGCGCUAUUACCUAAAUAAUUUUGUUGAUGGUACAAAACAGGAUUCAAUUGAUUUAGUGCAUGGGCAUUACAUUGUUUCUUUUAAUCGAGACAUGGCUCCUAAUCUGAAGAAAGGAGGGAUAGAGGCCAUUGCACCCUUUCCUGUUGUCUUAGGAUUGAUCUUGAUGGGGAUCUUUUUCUCAUUGUUGUCGCUUCUGCGAGUUCGGAAUGAUUAUUGGCAAUUGCCACUUUCUCUUUUUUGGGCAACUUCAAGUAUAUUGACAAUACAAUAUGUCAGAGCAAAUUGCCGGGCUUUCUGCAACAGACCCCAGCUGCACAAACCUACAAGAUGAUUUGUUUCGGAAGCUUUGGCCAUUCCCGGCCAAUCUAGCCAUUUUGUUGAUCCUAAUAAUAUACGUUGUGUAACUAUAUUUCUUUUUGGGGUUAAUUGGAAUAUAAGUGUGCCGUUUGUGUUAUGUAGUUUAAUGGUAACAUAGUUUUUCUGUCUUUCA